GAGGUCAUCUAAUAAUCUAAGCAUGAAGGAACAAAUAUACAAUGGCAUGCCAAGUCCCAUUUCCUCUCUGAAUAAUGUGCCCCCUAACAAUGCUUUAGAUAAAAAAUCCAGCCCUGAAGUAGUGCCUGCAUCAUUCAACGCACCAAUGUCACAAACAUUACAGCAACACCAGCAACAAUUCCCACAGUCACAGCCAAUGGAAACCGAGAUGGUAACACCAGUUGCAGCUGCCAUCUCAAUGCCACCAAAUGAAGACCUUUUUAAUACCGCCAUUGCGGCCGGUCUAACUGCCGCUGCGGUUGAAGCUGCUGCCGCUGCUAGUCAGCGUGAACUCGAACAACAACAAUUGCUACAAAAACAACAACAGCAGCAGCAGCAGCAACAACAGCAACAACAACAACAACAGUCGCAAUUCUAUAACGACGACUUUUAUGUGGAUGAUGUGCCACCGUUGAUGCAUAAACGUGGCAUACCAUCACAACAGUAUUUAUAUGGCGCCGGUGUUGGUACUGUUGCCAAUGGUGUUGGCAUUGGCUAUAAUGGUGUAGGCUAUGAUAAUGGCUACAUUAAUACUGACUACUACAACAACAACAACAACAAUCCAUAUUUAAACACAUUGCCCGCAGGAGCGAGUGUGCCAUCAGUCAGUUCAAUGAACUCAAUGGGGCAGUCUUCGAAUUUGGCUGGGGUGCCAAAUGGUAUGUGGACCGAUGAAUUGGAUCCCUCAAUUGUGUAUACUGAUUUGCAGGAUAUAGAUGACUAUGUGCCAGCACAAAGAGUUCCCUCAUAUCGUGGCAAAGCCUAUGAUAAUCUACAAAAUUUGCUCAACUCUGAAACCUAUAUGGAACCAGUUGUGUUUCCUGUGCAGUAUUCCAAUCCUAAUCGUUAUUAUGGAACACUCGUUGAUGUUGAACGGAAUAAACGUGCAAAUAUGAACAAAAUUAACAAAUAUGCCGACAUGCGUCUCAAACGCGAUACAAACCUUACGCCCGCAGAUAUGUUGGCACUUGUAGCGCUUGUGGAAGCUGGUGAACGUGCACGUAAGGAUACCGAGGAGGAGAACGCAAAUAGUUAUAUGUCCUACCCAGCAGCCGACACAUACAACAACGGCAAAAUGUAUUAUGGCAAUGCCAAUAUGAACAACUACGAUUAUCCAGCAGCCGUUGAGGAUGUGGACUACGGUAUGCCCAACUCCUGGCUUGAACCGGCUGUUGUCGAUUACUAUGGGGUACCUGUCAAUGUUGAAACUAUGCCCAAAUAUGAAAUGAGUGCACCACGCACUGCUACCGGCAAUCGCUAUUCCACUAAACGCUUUAUGGUUGCCAAGAAGAAGAAGCGCUCCAUUGUCAAAUCAAAUUUGAAUGCAAAUGGAAAUCAAGAAAAAUACUUUUAAAUAAAAACAUAAAUGAAUGCAUUAUAAAAUUC